UUGGGAGAAUCCCUGGACUGAGAUCUUCCAUGGUAGAAUUAUCAACCGUUGGGAAAUAGCGGAUAAGGGUAUUAUCAAUCUUUGAAAAUUUAUGGAUAUUUCAACUUGGCCAGCAGUGGCGUUUUUAGAAGAGCAUCCAUGGGUUAAAUCGGUUACGAAGCGCUUCGAAAGUACAAAACUCAUUCCUGCAUUCGAAAACUUUCAGAUUUAAACACAGUUCCCAGAAUUCUGCCUCUGGUGUUGAAGUCUCUUUGCUUUACAAAAUUUUCUCUCUCUCAAAGAAGAAAAUGUCAGGUGUGGGACAGGUUUUCGGAGGGUCUUUCCUCUCGGCCUUCCUUCAGGUGGCCUUCGAUAGGUUUGCCUCUCCCGAGUUGUUGGAUUUCAUACUCCGAUGGGAAAUCGACUUGGAUGAAGUGGAGUCACUGAAGCGGACGUCAGCCAUGAUUCAGGCCUUAACGGAUGAAGCCGAAGUGAAGCAAUUCACCAACGUUGCUGUAAAACUGUGGCUGGACCACCUUAAACAACUCCUCUUUGAUGCGGAUGACAUAUUGGACGAGUACGCCUGAAAUUGGAAUCUGCUCACCAAACCCAACAGGUACGCAACCCCUCUGUUCCUCUCACUCCAUCAAGUACGGAAUAUAGUGUUUCUUCUUGGUUGAACUCUGGUAUAGAAUCUGCAGUUAAGGGCAUCAAUGAUACUAUAGAAGGGGUAAAAGGCAUUGGGCCUAAGGUUUAUGACAUCACUGAAGAGCUGCGGGGAAUUAAAAGGUUUGGAUCAAAAGUAAGGGAUAUCAACCAGAGGUUAAAAAGUGCUACACAAGAAGGUGUUGCUCUUGGUUUGAACUUGAGUAUGGGAUCUGGGUCCUUAAGGACCAUGGUAUUGAGUCAAAGGCCACCAACGAGUUCUUUGGUGAAUAAAUAUAAAGUUUUUGGCCGAGAGGAAGAUAUGGAGAAGAUUCUUCGAUGGUUGCUAUCAGACAAAACUUCAUGUCCCAGUGACAAUGACAAUAAUUUCUCAGUGCUACCCAUAGUCGGCAUGGGUGGAGUUGGGAAGACAACCCUUGCUCAACUUGUUUAUAAUGAUGAAAAAGUUUAGAAGCAUUUUCAUCUAAAAGCUUGGGUGUGUGUGUCUGAGGAUUUUGAUGUGGUGAGGUUAACCAAAGAAAUUCUUGAGUCAGCCACUGGGUCAUCCCCUCCUUCUAAUUCACUAGACCUGCUACAAGUGAAACUUCAAGAAUCAUUGAGCGAGAAAAGAUUCUUAUUGGUUCUGGAUGACAUGUGGAGCGAGAGCUACGAGAGAUGGGAUAACCUGAGGACCCCUUUUGCAUUCGGUGAGCCGGGAAGUAAGAUAUUGGUUACAACAAGGAACAAAAGGGUUUCAUCAAUUGUGCGCUCUGUUCCGAACGAUCAUUAUCUAAAAGGUUUGUCUAACGAGGCUUGUUUGCAACUGGUUAGAAGGCAUGCUUUCCUGGAAGAAAAUUCAUAUGAUGCAAAUAAAAAGUUGAAAGUAUUUGGAGAAGAAAUUGUGAAGAAAUGUAAGGGUUUACCUUUGGCUGUAAAGACACUUGCUGGCCUCUUGCGAGAUAAAAGUGAGAACAGUGAGUGGAAAGAUAUUUUGGAGGAUGAAAUAUGGGAUUUGAGAGAGGGUGAGAUCCUUCCGUCCCUCAUGUUGAGCUAUCAUCAUCUCCCGCCUCUUCUGAAGAGAUGCUUCGCGUACUGCGCUUUGUUUCCCAAAGACUACAUAUUUAGCAAGAUUGAAUUAGUCAUGUUGUGGAUGGCAGAAGGUAUUAUACAACCAAAAGGAGGAAAACGCUUGGAAGAUAUAGGGGCAAGGUAUUUUGAUGAACUGUUUAUGAGGUCCUUCUUCGAAUUAUCUAAAUAUAGUCAUGCUUUUGUGGCAGACCCGUCGUUUAUCAACGUGUCAAAAGAAUUUCACAAUAGAUCAUUUUUUGAGUCAUCUAGUAACUUGGGAUUAGGAUUUCUUAUGCAUGAUCUAAUCCAUGAUUUAGCACAAUUUAUUUCGGGUGAAAUAUAUUAUAGGAUAGAGUAUGAUAAGCCAUCCCAUGUUCUUACAACAACCCGUCACUUGUCCUAUGUUAUGGACGAUUAUAAUGUUACGGCUACAGGAUCUGAGGCUAUGAAAAGCUUACGCACCCUUCUAACUCUGAAUGAGUUUGCAAGUAGUCCUAGACAUUUUUUUCCUAUCAUGCAAUUCCAAUUCCAAUUCCUACGCAUGCUACGUUUCAGAAAUUGCUACAAUUGUGAGUUGCCUGAUUCAGUUGGCAAGAUGAUACAUCUAAGGCAACUUGAUCUCUCAUUUUCUGAUAUUGUGAGGUUACCUGACUCAAUUGGAAGUCUUUACAAUCUACAGGCAUUGGUCCUAGCUGGAUGUGGGAGGCUUAAACAAUUGCCUAAAGAUAUGGGUAACCUUGUAAACCUUCGAAUUCUUGUUCUCCCUGGACAUUGGGGUUUCCACAAUAUUCCAUUAGGAGUGGGUAACUUGACUAGUCUUCAAUUAUUGACCUCACUCGAUGUUGAGCCAAAAAAAAAAUUGUCCCAACUCCAUGGUACCCUGGAUAAUUCAAAUUUGGAAGAUGUAGGCAAUAAGAGGAUAGAAGCCAUAGUGGAAAAGCCGCACCUUCUUGGCCCACGGCUGCACAACCUCACGUCCCUCCGAUCUCUUCGAAUAUCAAACUGCAAGAAUCUCGAGUCACUACCAAAGGACCUACACACUUUAACGUCUCUCCGAAGAUUAGUAAUCGGAAAGUGCCCUGCUCUUGUGUCCUUCCAAGAAAUAAGGUUACCCAUUGCGCUUCAAGAAGUGAAGAUCUUUGAUUGUGAGAAUCUGGAGUCACUACCAAAGGAGCUACACACUCUAGCAUCUCUCCAAGAAUUUGUAAUCGAAAGUUGCCCUGGUCUUGUGUCCUUGAAGACAAGGUUACCCAUUGCACUUGAAGAAUUGGAGAUCAUCGAUUGCGAGAAUCUGGAGUCUCUACCCAUGGGAAUACUGCACAACCUCUCAUCCCUCCAAAGAUUAGAAAUCAAAGACUGCCCUACUCUUGGGUCCUUUCUAGACAUGGGCUUGUCCACCAAGCUUCGGGAGGUAUCAAUUUUAAAUUGUGGGAAGCUGAAUUUCUUGCCCAAGGGGCUGCACAAACUCACAGAUCUUGAAAAAUUGGAGAUUGUGGAAUGCUUUUUUCUUAUGGAGUGCAAGAAUCUUGAACCUCUACAUACCUUGAGCCUUCAUAAUCUCACCUCUCUUUCAUAUCUCACCAUUGGAGCAUGUCCUUCUCUUGUGUCCAUUCCAAAGGGUUUGCUUCCUACCAACCUUAGGGAAUUUUGCAUCAAGGACUGCCCAAUUCUUGAAUCCCUAUAUGACGGACUCUCUGACCUAACCUCUCUUAAACGUUUGGAGAUCCAGAAUUGUCCAAUGUUAACACAGCGGUGCCAAAAUAAGGAAGGAGAAGAGUGGUCCAAGAUUGGCCAAAUCCCCAAGGUCAUAAUAGAUGACGUAUGGCAAUGAAGCUUAAUCAUCACGCUUGGAAACUGGAUCGCCUACCCACCUUUGGGCCUGCCCUCUCAUAAUAAACCCAUGGAUUGAGUCUGCAGACAGACGGUGUCUAUAAUUCCAAAAAAUGGAAUAAAAGCAGAGAUGCAUUGUAACCAGUGUCAACUGAGGUAUUUCUUCUACAAUUGGAAAUGUUUGAUUUCUAUCUUUACUGUAUUUUAUGCUAUGUGUGAAUUUAACUUACUUUAUCUUUGUAGGAGAAUGACAAGACAUGAAGAACAUGAUGCUUAAUGCAGUAGACAUGCCAAGCAGAUUAUUAUUAUUAUUAUUAUUAUUAUUAUUAUUACUAAUGGGCAUUUCUGUCAGAUGGAAUGCUUCUCUUUGAAAAUCUCAAGAAUCGACAGAAAGUGACAUGGAGUAUAAUGUAUCUGUUUUCCAUUGUCAUUUCAAGCUGCCUAUCUCUCUCCAAAAGCAUGUCAGGAAAGCUGCAGCAUAUUUUUACUGGGGUGAGAAUGAUGGCCACUCUUAAGAUUCAUUGAAUCUCUUGGGACAGGUUGUGCCUUUAUUUUCUCAAGGGGAUAGGCUUGAGUGGUAUGCCUUUAGAAAUGGGAUCUACUCUGUGAAAAGUGCCUAUCAUCUCCUCACCAAUCAACAGUCUUCAUUGGUUGCAAAGCAGGUGAAUUCCUCUACAUGGCAUUCUUGGGCCCUAGUUCAGAUGAGGUUUGAAAACUUACAUGGAAUUGCAAUUCUCCAAAGUUGCAAGGUUUUCUAUGGAGAUUCUUGAUGAUUGUUCUUGUGCUCGAUGUCGCAUGCAAGAGAGUAUCUCUCAUAUUCUAUUGGGUUGCAGCUUUGCUCGAGCCAUUUUGUUCGGUAGUGCUUUGGGUCUACAUACUGGAAAUUAAUCUGGAGAUGGUUUUCCUCAAUGGAUUCAGAAUUGGAAAUCCUUCUCAACACUUGGGAAGAAAGCGAGUAGUGAUCUUAUGACUCACCGUUCCUUUAUUUGAUGGUAUCUGUGGUCACCAGGGAACGAUUUUGUGUUUGGAAAGCGAACUUGGCAUCCACAGGAGAUGGUUUUGACUUCUCAGAAGGCAUUGCUCCCCAGAAUCAGAGUACAUCAUGAAUUAGGUUUCAAUGUCCGUGAACAUCUGGGACAUUGCAAGUUUGCCUUACCUUUUCUGUCUAGUUUUAAUAAAACUAUCAUGGGUGAAGCAUUGGUUCUUUUGUCAGCCUUAACUUGAAUCCUUGUCUGAAGGGUUAGAUCAGUUGAUCAUGGAAUCAGAUAACAACAGAUGUCAUCACUUGUCUUCAAGGAAGUAUUUCUAAAUUGCCUUUGGAGAUCAGAUCUAUUGGGAGGAUAUCUUACAUUUGUCUUCAUACUUUACUGUAUGUAAUUUUAUAUAUGUUUUCAAGGGAGAUUAACAACAUAACUGACUUCCCAGAAGGAAGGCCUUGUUGGUUCUAUGUA